CCGUCCGGAGGGCCCGGAGGUGGGCCGGGCGGCGCAAGGCCUCCGCUUCCCGGGGCUGUGUGACCUUGACCGACCGCGCACCCUCUCUGGACCAGGCCGCGAGCACUGCGGAGGCUCGCAGCGUCCACUGGCAGUCCCGGCCUGGCAGGCACCGGCCCGGGGCGGCUGCUCGCCGAAGGCGGGGCCUGGCUGCGUGACCCCCUGCCCCGCGACCUUCAGCGAGCGCCUGCCCUCUUUUGCGCCUCGGUUUCCUCAUCUGUAGAAUGGAGACGCGGUGGCGGCGCAGCCAGUGGCGCGGCCCCUAGGGCACCGUGACUCCACUGGCCCCGGGCAUGGCGGACCCAGUGGCGGGCAUCGCAGGCUCCGCGGCCAAGAGUGUGCGACCCUUCCGAUCCAGCGAGGCCUACGUGGAAGCCAUGAAGGAAGACCUGGCCGAUUGGCUCAAUGCCCUCUAUGGUCUGGGUCUACCCGGCAGUGGCGACGGCUUCCUCACGGGGCUGGCCACAGGCACCACCCUGUGCCAGCAUGCCAAUGCUGUCACCGAAGCCGCCCGGGCUCUGGCCGCUGCCCGCCCAACCCGAGGUGUAGCCUUCCAGGCUCACAGUGUGGCGCCUGGCUCCUUUGUGGCCCGGGACAACGUGGCCACGUUCAUCGGCUGGUGCCGGGCAGAGCUGGGCGUGCCUGAAGUGCUCAUGUUUGAGACGGAGGACCUGGUGCUGCGCAAGAACGAGAAGAGCGUGGUGCUGUGCCUGCUGGAGGUGGCCCGGCGUGGGGCGCGCCUGGGCCUGCUCGCCCCCAGGCUGGUGCAGUUCGAGCAGGAGAUUGAGCGGGAGCUUCGGGCCACCCCUCAGGUCUCCAGCGUCCCCGCUGCUGAAGAGGACGCCCCUGAAGUUGCUACCGCACAAGAGGCUCCCGCCCGCACACCGCGCAUGACGCUCAAUGACCUUCGGAACCUCGACGAGCUGGUGAGGGAGAUCCUGGGCCGUUGCACCUGCCCAGACCAGUUUCCCAUGAUCAAGGUCUCCGAGGGGAAGUACCGAGUGGGAGACUCCAGCUUGCUCAUCUUCGUGAGGGUGCUGAGGAGCCACGUGAUGGUGCGCGUGGGUGGCGGUUGGGACACACUGGAGCACUACCUAGACAAACAUGACCCUUGCCGCUGCUCCUCCACCGCCCACCGCCUGCCCCAGCAGAGGGCCGGGACCUUCUCCCCGCAGAGGGGAUCGCCCACUCCCAGCCCCCGCCCCGGUAGCCCAGUUCCUGGGAGUGAGCGCCGGGGCUCCCGGCCCGAAGUGACCCCCGUCAGCCUGCGAAGCACAAAGGAGGGGCCUGAGACCCUGCUCAGGCCCCGAGAUCAGCUGCCCCCCCUCCCCCGCUCCCGCCGCUACUCCGGGGACAGCGACUCCUCAGCCUCCUCGGCCCAGAGCGGCCCCCUGGGCGCCCGCAGCGACGACUCGGCCACCGGCUGCCGGAGGGAGUGGCCCAACCACCGGCUGACCCCCGGGCUCCCGGCCUCCCCGAGACGGCCGCCGGCCCCUCGCAGCCAGUCUCGGGACCGGCUGGAGCGGGGACGGCCCCGCGUGGCCCCGGGGGGCCGAGGCUCUCAGCCGGCGGCCCCCAGCCCAGCGCGGCGCGCCCGCAGCCAGAGCCGCGAGGAGCAGGCGGUGCUGGUGGUGCGCAGGGACCGAGACGGGCAGCACUCGUGGGUGGGCCGGAGCAGGGGUGGCGGCGGAUCUGGGGGUUCUGGAAGGAGCACCCCGCAGACUCCACGCGCCCGCAGCCCCGCAGCCCCCCGGCCUUCCAGGGGCUCGAGCCCAGGCCCAGAGCUGGCUGCCACGCCCGCCAGCGUCUUCCGCACACCUCUGCAGCUUGACCCACAGCAGGAGCAGCAGCUGUUCCAGCGCUUGGAAGAGGAAUUCUUGGCCAAUGCCCGCGCCCUGGAGGCUGCUGCCAGCCAUAACCCUGACCCUCCAGCUCCGGACUCCGCUUACUGCUCAUCCAGCUCCUCAUCUUCAUCACUCAGUGUUCUGGUUGGCGGCAAGUGUGGCCCCCCCGGGGAAUCGGGCCGCACGGCCAAUGGGCUGCCCGGGCCCCGCAGCCAGGCUCUGUCCAGCUCUUCCGAUGAAGGCAGCCCCUGCCUUGCUGUAGGGGGGUCGCUGGAUGCAACCAGUUCUCUGGCUGGCCCAGAACCCUCAUUGACCUGGGCAAGGGGGCGGAUGGACACACAGCCAGACCGCAAGCCCUCACGCAUCCCCACCCCUCGGGGACCCCGCCGCCCAUCAGGACCCAUGGAGCUCGGGCCUUGGCGUGCCCUGCAGUCGGUCACCCCAAGGACCGAGCCAGAUUCUUCAAUGUGAUGGACUGGCUCAGCCACACGCACACCCAUUCCAUUUUCUUUGUGGCCUUAACCUACCCUCUGCAUCAGGGACAGCCCCCCUUCCACCUCUUGAGCACCAGACCUCAUGGGACCAGACCCCACGGGACCACAUGGCACAAUGGGAAACCUAUUGUACAUCCGGUUUGGGGGAUGAGCAUUGCUAUUUAAUUACUAAUACUAUUGAAUGCCUUAGAGGAGGCCGGGCCAGCCUGGUGUCCUGAGGACCUGUGUGUGGUCCACUAAGCAGAACCUCUGACAGUAAAGUUUUGCUCCAGCUUCUGUUUUGGGGGGACCGAGCCUUCAUUAUGCCUGGAGGGAAAGCCUCAUCGCUCUCUUACCUGCCUAAUCCAGAACAAGAAACCCUUAAAUUGUGCA